CCGGCCACAAUUCACAAGACUCGAACCAUGGGAAAAGUGAAAGUUGGGGCUACCUGUUAGACAAAGCGCUAGAACACUAACCAGGGUUAUCUCCACCUUUAAAAGAGUGGAUCCACCAAACCCUGCUCUGUCUAGCUCAAGAAUGAGGCUCAGAGAGAUGGGAUGUUUCUGAGGGUGGUUGCCCCUCUCUGGAAGCCAAUGAUUUCACCAACCACAAAAUCAACAGCCCUCCCCCAUUCCAACAACAACAACAAUAAAAUCAACAUCUCUCUCUCUCUACAUAUAUAUAUAUAUGUGUGUGUAUAUGUAUGUGCGUGUGUGUAUGUAUAUCAGCAAUCAACUUCAGAGGUGGGUGAUGGUUUUAAUCCCUUGGAUUUCUUUCUCUUUGCUUUGUUGUUGCUGUUGCUGCUAGUUACUUAUCCAAAAAAAAAAAAAAAAAAAAAGAAAAGAAAAACAGAGGCUGUGAUGAUAAAUUUUCUGAGCUAGUGAAUUGGGCAUUGAGAUAAUCCAACCCGUAUCUUGGCGGGGCAACCCGGAUGGCAUGUGGGUUUUUUCUCCCACAUGCAACCGGUAGCAGCCAUGGCGGAGUCACAUUCUCUUGUCUGAUGAAAAAUAGAUCUGAGCCUCAC